GAUGGCGGUAUUUUUCAGUGUUCGUACGUGAAAGAAGUCUCGUGUUUCGGUAGUUUUCGCGUUAUCGGUUAACAUUUAAAAAAUAUUGAGGGAUGGAGACUAGUGCGAGUACCGGUACUCGUACAACGCGAUUUAUGAUGGAGGGUGUCGGCGCUCGAGUUAUUCGUGGACCUGAAUGGAAAUGGGGUAAACAGGAUGGAGGAGAAGGACAUGUUGGUACAGUUAGAAAUUUUGAAUCUCCUGAAGAAGUUGUUGUGGUAUGGGAUAAUGGUACAGCAGCAAAUUAUCGUUGUUCUGGUGCUUUUGAUCUACGCAUAUUAGACUCAGCACCAACAGGUGUCAAGCACGAAGGAACUAUGUGUGAUACUUGUAGACAACAACCAAUCUUUGGUAUUAGAUGGAAAUGUGCUGAAUGUGGGAAUUAUGAUUUAUGUUCUAUUUGUUAUCAUGGAGAUAAACAUCAUUUGAGGCAUAGAUUUUAUCGCAUUGCUACUCCUGGAAGUGAACGCAUUUUAUUAGAACCAAGACGUAAAACUAAGAAAAUAGCCAUUCGAGGUAUUUUUCCUGGUGCAAGAGUUGUUCGAGGUGUUGAUUGGCAAUGGGAAGAUCAAGACGGUGGGAAUGGACGUAGAGGAAAAGUUAAUGAAAUACAGGAUUGGUCAUCGGCCAGUCCUCGUUCAGCAGCUUAUGUUAUUUGGGAUAAUGGUGCCAAAAAUUUGUAUCGUGUUGGAUUCGAAGGAAUGGCUGAUUUAAAGGUUGUCAGUGAUGCUAAGGGACAGACAGUUUAUAGAGAUCAUUUACCAUUGCUAGGUGAACAGGGCCCAGGUAGAACUGGACCACAUGGUCUACAAAUUGGAGAUCAGGUUAAUGUCGAUUUGGAAUUGGAGAUAGUUCAAUCUCUUCAACACGGUCACGGUGGUUGGACUGAUGGAAUGUUUGAAUGUCUUGGUACUACUGGUACCGUUGUCGGAAUUGAUGAAGAUCAUGAUAUUGUUGUAUCAUAUCCAAGUGGUAACAGGUGGACUUUCAAUCCAGCUGUAAUUACAAAAGUCCAGAUACCUGUACCCGUUACAAGUUCUAGUUCAGACAAUCAAACGUUUGCUGUGGGUGAUUUGGUUCAAAUUUGUAAUGAUUUGGAGAAAAUUAAAUUGUUACAACGUGGUCAUGGGGAAUGGGCAGAUGCUAUGACACCGACAUUGGGUAAAAUAGGAAGAGUACAACAGAUAUAUCACGAUGGAGAUUUGAAAGUUGAAGUGUGUAGCACAUCAUGGACGUACAAUCCGCAAGCAGUGACAAAAGUUGCCAGUAGCGAUGGCAGCGUUCCAGGAAACAGUAGCGGAGAACGUUUAUCGGCACUGUUGAAGAAAUUAUUCGAAACUCACGUUUCGGGUGACGUUAAUGAAGAAUUAGUUAAAACUGCUGCGAACGGCGACGGUAGUAAAUGCGAGGAAUGUUUGAAGAGACCGGAGGCCGACGUCAAUGGCGUAUUUUCCGGUCAUACGGCUUUGCAAGCUGCGAGUCAAAAUGGUCAUUUGGAAGUUAUUAAAAUUCUCCUCCGUUACAAGGCUGACGUUGAAAUUGAGGACAAGGACGGUGACAGAGCCGUGCAUCAUGCUGCGUUCGGUGAUGAGCCAGGAGUAAUGGCUUUGCUGGCAGGUGCUGGUGCUGAUCUCAAUGCUCGUAACAAAAGGCGUCAGACUGCCCUUCAUAUCGCGGUGAAUAAAGGCCACGCCGGAGUGGUUAGAACUUUGCUGGAGUUAGGAUGUCAUCCGAGUUUGCAGGACUCCGAAGGUGACACACCUCUUCACGACGCAAUAUCGAAGAAACGGGACGACAUGUUGGCUCUCUUAUUGGACCACGCUGCGGACAUCACACUUACCAACAAUAAUGGCUUCAAUGCUCUUCACCAUGCUGCUCUUCGUGGAAAUCCAAGUGCUAUGCGCGUUUUGCUGUCGAAAUUACCGAGGCCGUGGAUAGUCGACGAGAAAAAGGACGAUGGAUACACGGCACUUCAUCUGGCAGCUCUGAACAAUCACGUCGAAGUCGCUGAACAAUUGGCGCGUGCUGGAAAAGCCGAUCUAGAUUUGCAAAAUGUGAAUUUGCAGACCGCUCUACAUCUCGCUGUUGAACGACAACAUACACAAAUUGUCCGAUUAUUGGUACGAGAAGGUGCAAAUUUGAACGUGGCCGACAAAGACGGUGACACGCCACUUCACGAAGCUCUGAGACAUCACACUUUGUCACAGCUGCGACAGCUGCAGGACGUCCGAGAUGUCGGUCGUCUUUUAAUGGGUCUUGGUGCACAGGGUCAGGACAAGAAAAGUAGUUCCUUCAUCGCUUGCUUCCUGGCAGCUCAUGGUGCCGAUCUAGAAUUGAAAAACAAAAAGGGCCAAACACCCUUGGAUCUAUGUCCAGAUCCAAAUCUUUGUAAAACUUUGACAACAUGUCACAAAGACAAGGAAUCACACGACAUAGAAGCCGCACCAUCAUCGGGAACAAUUGACGAAUGUCUCGUUUGCACCGAUGGAAAACGUGAAAUGCUUUUCAGUCCUUGCGGACAUGUUGCCUGUUGCAACGUUUGUGCUCCAAGAGUGAAAAAAUGUCUUAUAUGCAGACAGAAUAUUCUUACCAAACAGAAGAUCGAGGAAUGCGUUGUUUGCUCGGAUCGCAAGGCCAGUGUCCUAUUCCAUCCGUGUGGUCACAUGUGUGCCUGUGAGAGUUGUGCUGCCUUAAUGAAGAAAUGUGUUCAGUGCAGAACACAAAUUCAGCACAUGGUACCGCUGUCAAUUUGCUGCGGUGGAGGAGGUGAUGUCACUUACAUUAAGGGGUGCAAUGCCUCAGGAACCAUAUCAGAAGUUAAAGCUGACGUAGAAGAAGAACCAGUGCCAAUACCGACAGCCAAUACCAAUACCAAUACCAAUACCAAUACUAAUACCAAUACUAACACCAAUACCAAUACCAAUACCAAUACUGGUGGUGGGGAAGCUCUUUUGAUGAACAAUGGAAGUCGAGACACGUCUCACAGCGAUAUUCAGAAACUUCAACAACAAUUGCAAGAUAUCAAGGAACAAACAAUGUGUCCAGUUUGUUUGGAUCGUUUAAAAAAUAUGAUCUUCCUCUGUGGCCAUGGAACCUGUCAAAUGUGUGGCGAUCGAAUGUCGGAGUGUCCAAUAUGCCGCAAAGCAGUAGACAAACGCAUUUUGCUCUAUUGAAUAGACUGACCGUUAGUUCUGAGUUAGAACUAUCGGAAUAUUAAUAAUAAUCUAAUAAUCUAAUAGUAAUUCCUAAUUGCAUAUUUAUAAUAUAACGCAAAUGGAAUCGUAAUGACCGCGAACUUUUUCCCAUUCCCUUAAUCAUCGUGAUGGUCCUAUUAUUAAUUGCAUGUUUAUUAUUUGAAAAAAAAACGAUAUCUAUACACGAUUAUAAAAUCAACACUUCGUAAUCGUAUUUCGUAUAGGAAAUAUUUAAUACAAAAUUAAUGAAUAAAAAAAACAGUAUAAAUGUGUAAGAGACAACAAAACAUCCUAUGAGAAACAAACUCGUUAACGUUCGUUACAAUUCUUUCCAUUUUUUGACAAUUUAAGAAAUAAUUAAAUUUCUUCCUAACUUUUUAAACGAUAUACAAUUAAUAUUAAAUAGGAUCAAAUGUUUACGUAGCGUGAUAAUAAUGGAUUAUGAAUGAAUUAAUGGCAAAUUUUGACAUUAAUUAUUCCGGAAAAUAAUUAAUAAGGAAUGAAUUUUUAUUUGAUUAACGUAUAUUAAAUAUUAUUUACUUAGAUAUAUUAUAAUAUAUAUUAUGUAUGUAGAAAAAGAGUAAUCAGCCUUAUUAAUGAACAUUAUUAAUAAACAAAAAAAAAUACUUUUUAAUUAAUUAACA